CUUUUCAUUUCCUGCUUUGGGCACUGGCUAGACUACGUAGGCUGAGCUCCAUGAACCUCAGGGAAGGGGCUCUUUCAGGGUUUGGUUUAGAGAUCCUCAUCCUGGUAGUUAUUUUGCUGGGAAAGAACAUUCAAGUGCUCUGCCUACGUAGAGUCCUGUGAAGCAGUGGAAUAUCAUUCUCAAAUAGAGAACAUGGACGAAGAUGGAUAUACUCAAUUAGACUUCGGCACUCGAAACAUCCACAAAAGACCUGUAAAAUCAGAGAAAGGAAGCCCAGCUCCAUCUUCUCGUUGGCGGUCCAUUGCGGUAGCUUUAGGAAUCCUGUGCUUGCUCACAGUAGUGGUCGCAGCAGUGCUGGGUGCCCUAGCAUUUCGGAGAUUCAAUUCAGGGAGAUAUCCAGAGGAGAAAGACAACUUCCCAUCAAGAAAUAAGGAGAACCACAAACCCACAGAACCAUCUUUAGAUGAGAAGGUGGCUCCCUCCAAGGCAUCCCAAACUACAGGCGUCUUUUCUGGACCUUGCCUUCCCAAUUGGAUCAUGCAUGCCAAGAGCUGUUAUCUAUUUAGCUUCUCAGAAAAUUCCUGGUAUGGAAGUAGGAGACACUGUUCCCAGCUAGGAGCUCAUCUAUUGAAGAUAGACAAUGCAAAAGAAUUUGAGUUCAUUGAAAGCCAAACAUCUUCUCACCGUGUUAACUCAUUCUGGAUAGGUCUAUCUCGCAAUCAGAGUGAAGGGCCGUGGUUCUGGGAGGAUGGAUCAGCAUUUACCCCCAACUCGAGAAAAAGGAGUCAUGGUGGUGGAGGAAGAGGGAGAAAGGGACAUAGGGAUGAAGAGAAAAGCUCUGAGGGAGACUGUAGAGGAUGCUCACCUGGUGCUGACUAAGGGAUUCCCAUGGCAUCUGGUCCAUCUGAUCCAGUGAGGAGAGGUGUUGCUGUCCACUGCAGCCUUGGACUUCCAGGCCAUAAGUCAGUCUGAGGUAAAGAUUAACCUACUCAAUGGACAUGAGACACUAGACAAAAUGUCUUUUAGAGCCACACUCUGUAUCCAAAACAGAGAAUAGAAAGAGUGGUUAUCCAUUAGAAUGGUAAAAUAAAGGACAUGAAGGUAAAGUCAUUAACAUAAUGUUUUUCACAGAGCCAAUGAAAAAUGACAUCCGAUGUCAUUAUUUCAACUGUUUCUUAACAUUUGUGAGGUUACAAUUUCUUCCUCAUUGUGUACUAAAGUCUUUGAAACUUCUAUUCAUCUGUUCAUUAAUAUUUGUAAAUAUGACUUUUAUUUCCCUUUCAAUGUAUAUUGAUGCAUGCAAGUGUGUAUCUUUUCUCACGUUAAUCUUAAUAUAUAUAAUAUAAUCUUAAUAUAUAAUAUUAAAUUUUACCGUUUUAAAUUUUACUAAUGUUUCUUUUUCUCUUCUAUCACUUCUUUGGCUAAUGUUGAUUAUCUUCCAUCUAAUUUCUCUGUGUCAAAUUGAAUUCCCUUUUUAAAUUCUUAUGUUGGAUGCUUAACUCAUCAUCUCCGGUCUUUCUUUUGCUUUGAGGUCAUUCGGUUCACAUGCUUUCUGAUUUCCACAGUGAGUUAGUUGUUCUUUGAUCCAUGACUUAGAAAGAAAUUUCUCAAUUUUCACACAUACCUAUGCUUCCCACAUUCCUAUUUAUCCUUUAGAUUUCAGGCUUAGUUCCUCUGUGAUCAGUAAUGUACUGCUUGUGGUGGCAAUUCCCACUUCCAGCUCUGAGAUUUGCAUUGAAAACAUCUACAUGAGUGCUCCUAUAUUUCUAGAUAUGUUAAAGCCAUACUAAAAGGCCUACGUAGAUUUAGAAUUGUUGCAUCUUCCUAUUUGAUGUCAUUUCCCUUUCUUCCUUCCUUCUUUUUUUUAUACUGGAUAUUGUUUUAUUUGCAUUUCAAAUGUUAUCCCCUUUCCCAGUUUCCUGUCCAUAAACCCCCUAUCCCAUCCUCCCCUUCUUCUAUGAGGGUGUUUCCCCCACCCAUCCACCUACCCCUUCCCACUUUCCCACCCUGACAUUCCCCUACACUGGCGUCCAGCCUUGGCAGGACCAAGGGCUUCUCCUCCCAUUCGUGCCCAACAAGGCCAUCCUCUGUUACAUAUGCAGCUGAAGCCAUGGGUCUGCCCAGGUGUACUCUUUGGAUGGUGGUUUAGUCCCUGGGAGCUUUGGUUGGUUGGGAUUGUUGUUUUUAUGGGGUUGCAACCCCCUUGAGCUCCUUCAAUUCUUUCCCUAACUCCUCCAGUGGGGACCAUGUUCUCAGUUCAAUAGUUGGCUGCGAGAGUUCGCCUCUGUAUUUGUCAUACUCUGGCAGAGCCUCUCAAGUCUUCCUUCCUUUGUAUUUUACUGAUUUUUGUUUAUUUCUCAUAAUUCUUCCAGUUUGCCUGUUUUUUGUUUGUUUGUUUGUUGUUACUUGCAGCUCAUUUUGCUUACAGUAGUCUCAAUACUAUCUAUUCAUGUCCAGAGUCCAUUCGGGAUAGUUUGAAAGUCUGUACCUGCUAACUCUGUAUGCAUUCUGGUUUUCUCCUGUGCAUCCUUUGAGUUGGUUUGUUGUCUUAUAUAUAAUUGUGUCUUUGAAGGCUUCUUAUCAACAUUGCAUCUUGAACUGUUUAGGGCUUUAUGUAUCAGCCUGAAGUUUGUAAAGUAGCAUCUACUGGUGGCAACGAAAAGUCCACUCCCCCACCUCCACCCAGUGUUACAUCAGCAGCGCUCAGCUACCUCUCCUCUACUAACUCAGUACAAAUGCGUUCAUUAACAAUCCACAGAACAUACGUCUUCCUCUUCUGCAGCAUUUAUUUACCUUGAUUUGUUUUCCCAUUGCACCCAUGCAAUUAGAUGAUUCUUUGUAAAUUCACAAAAUGGGCUUAACAUUUUAAAAUGUUACUACUCC